AUGUCAAAAAAUGGUACCAUUAGCCAAUUGGAGAGUCUCAUGAACGGGAUUGAGGAUUUCAUGGUAAAUGACGAGACAGAAGGUGCAAUGGCUGAAGACGCUGUCCAACCUGAGGAACCAAGGAAUUCAGAUAUGACAAAUGGUAGAGUAACAUCAGAGUUGUAUAGUACUUCUAGUAAACAUGAGCUAGCAUCAGAAAAUAGGCACGAUUCUUCAGAAGACGGAGCGGCCCCGAUGUCAGAGAAUCAGCCUGGCGUGGAAAUGGUCGACAGCGAUGUGGAGUCUGAGCAGGCCGAGCGAACAGCUGGAUUAGAAGGAUCUGAAACUGAGAUGGGGUCGGUGGAGCGUGAGGAAGGUGUACGACAGACGGACGAGAGCGGUAGCGAUGGGAAGGAGAGAAUAGCUCCUGUUGAGGGGCAAGAAGAAGGUCCAGGGUUGAUAACUUUAAAAACACUCGCCGAGACCUGCCAAUUACCGCAGAAAGGGGCUAGUUUCAGGGCACAAACCCAAGGUCUUUUCACCUUAGAACAGCUCACCCAGCAGGACGACAACGAAGAGGAAAGCGCGGGCCGUGAAACAGCUCUCGAGGAAAACAAUGAGGAGCUUGAGGAACAGGCGAUAAUUGAAGCGCCAGGGGUAAAAAACGUCUCUUCAUAUGAAUCGACUGCGAAGGAGCCUCAAGCACUGGUCAACUCUCCUGAGCCUACCAAUCCCUCGGAACAGGUGACAGCUGUCAACCGAGGUGCUCUGUUGACGCUGAGUGAGCUGGUGGGCUCACCCGUCGAGAAGGAAGUGCCCCAAGCCGGCUUCAAAGACACCAUAUUGGCUGCUGAUCGUGGGGCCCUUGUUAGCUUGAAAGAUUUAGCAGAGAGAUCGAACCAAGGGGAAACUAAGGCAGAAGAAGCUUAUACAGAAGAAUCUAAUGUACCUACUACAGAGGAGACUGAUGAAGUCGACGGCGUUACAGAAGACGCGGUGGUUACAGAAGACGCGGUGGUUCCUGAAGACGCGGAAGACGCUCACGACGAACAAGUGAUGAAACAACAAAUCAAGGAAACUGUAACCUCAUUGGACGCCGCUGACCGUCCCGGAGUGCCAGCCGAAAUGCUUGCACAGCAGCCCUCUUCGGUGGAGAAGGUGGCUGCCGAGAUCGAAAGUCUUCUGCAGGAAAUGCAAGACGACGAGCAUGCACAACCCGCCGGAAGUACAAUGCACAGUCCGUUUGGCUUUGCUGAAAACGAUAAGUCCGCAGCCACAGAGGAGAUCCGCAAUCUGCUGACCAAUGAGCCUGUCUACAUUUACAUUUCGUUGGCUGGCGGUGGAUACCACAUGCCGUCCAGGACGAAUCGUCUGGCGCAAGUCCUAAGUGCCAACCGCAUAGAGUUCACCUACCGGGAUUUGGGAACAGACGAUGAAGCCCGUAAAGUGUGGAAAAGGUUCGGUCGCGGACGCAGCUUGCCUGCGGUAGUUCGCGGCAGGGACGACGUGAUUGGGAACUGGCAAGAGAUGGAUGAUGCGAACGAAGAGUAUCGGGUGAGAGAGUUGAUCUACGAGACGCUGUAG